UCGGAAGCAUGAGCUGGGCGCUGUGCCGUAGCAGAAACGUUAUUUCCAUAAGUCGUACUUCGAGGCCAUCUUUCUUGAGGAGAGCUGCUCUGGGGUCUCUGAUUAGCGGUCCCCUUAAUGAACGUGUUUUGGCUCUCAUUAGGGGACUUAAACCGGGAUUUCCAUUCUGAUCAACGGGCAAGGGGAAUAACCUGUCAAAAAUGGCUGAUAUAACCAAGACAGAAGAACAGGGAGUAGAGAAGAGUUUGGAUGAAGAAGUGGAGAAGCCACCUCGUACUUCAGAAACAGAUUCAGGUAUUGGUUGGGAAGGUGACGGUUCAACUUCAGGUACGGUGCACCCCACUGAAAAUGAAAAAGAAGUUGAUACGGUUAAUCAGGACGGCAGAGCAAAAAGGAAGAAUGUAGAUCAUGAAGAUGAACCUCCGAAGAAAAUACAUGAGACAGGCCAUGGGCAAGCUGUAGCAGCACAUUAUAAUGAACUUCAAGAAGUCGGAUUGGAAAAACGUAGCCAGUCUCGCAUAUUCUACCUCCGAAACUUUAAUAAUUGGACAAAGAGUGUCCUCAUUGGUGAAUUUAUAGACCGGGUACGACGGAAAAAGAGUGAUAUAACUGUUCUGGAUCUAGGAUGUGGCAAAGGCGGAGACUUACUGAAAUGGAAAAAAGGCAGAAUUAAGAAACUUGUCUGUACUGAUAUUGCUGACAUUUCUGUGCAACAGUGCAAGCAGCGAUAUGAAGACAUGAAAGCCCGAUGUCGUUAUAAUGAACGUAUUUUUGAUGCAGAAUUUAUACAAGCAGAUAGUACCAAGGAUCUCUUGUCUUCCAAAUACAAUGAUCCAGAUAUGCGCUUUGACAUUUGCAGCUGUCAAUUUGUUUACCACUACUCAUUUGAGACAUAUGAGCAGGCUGACAUGAUGCUUAAAAAUGCUUGUGGGAGCCUCUCUCCUGGAGGGUAUUUCAUUGGCACAACUCCAAAUAGCUUUGAACUUGUAAAGCGACUUGAAGCUUCAGAAACAAAUUCAUUUGGGAAUGAGGUGUACAGUGUAAAAUUUGAAAAGAAGGGAGAAUAUCCCUUGUUUGGCUGCAAGUAUGAUUUCCACUUGGAAGAAGUGGUUGAUGUCCCUGAGUUCUUGGUUUACUUUCCAUUACUGGAAGAAAUGGCAAAGAAGCAUGGUAUGAAAUUAGUCUACAAAAUGACAUUUCGGGAAUUCUAUGAAGAAAAAAUCAAGAACGAGGAGCAUAAAAUGCUGCUAAGGAGAAUGCAGGCCUUGGAGCCAUAUUCUACAUUUGGUGAUUCCAGGCUUGUUUCUGAUAAACCUGACGACUAUGAACAUGCAAAAGAAUUCAUCAAAGAUGGCAAGGCAAAAUUACCAUUGGGAACCUUGAGUAAAUCUGAAUGGGAAGCAACAAGUAUUUACUUGGUAUUUGCAUUUGAGAAGCAACUGUGAAACUUCAUGUACGGGAUGCAGCAAGAAGAGAUCAUAUCCACAUGCAAAUUGGAAUGGUCAGAAAUCCAUUGUGGCAACUAUUUUUUUAUUUUUUAUUUUUUAAUUAUCAGAAGUGUGCAGGACACUACCAAAAACUAGAGCAAGCUCAUGAUUCUGAGUUACAUUGCCUGUCUGUGACAGAUGGACUUUUGUGUGUAUAUAUAAGAAAGAUUCCGAACCAGUCUUUUUAAGCAUUUCUAAGCAAUCUGCAUGCUCUCAAAACUCAUGUUUGACCUUGACACAAUGUUAUGUUAGAAACAAAUGUUUUGUUAGUAGAAGUGUGUGAUUACAAGCCUGAACCUGUACUUUCUGAAGUUGGUGGAAGAAUGACUGCUGACUUCGAUGGUGCAGAAUGAGGGCCUAAAUAUUGUAUUGCAGAGCUCAGUUAAUCCACAGUGAGAUCUAUCCACACAUAUAGGGUAUGUCUACAUUGCAUGCAGAGCUAAGUGGCAAAUAAUAUCUGAGUCAGUUUGAGUACCUCUGUGCUGUGCUCAAGCCUGCAGUGUAAAUCUACCUUAGCGGUAUUCAAGGUGUAGUUUACAUAGUAAAGUCCCAUGAUGUUCUUGGUUUUUUUUGUGCUUGCUGAUAUGUAGUGUCACUUCAUGGUGCUUUCAAGAUUAAACGAGUUUGUUCUGUACAAAACUGCUCUGAAAGAACUGAAUUUCUAAAGUUUUAAAUAUUUUUGUUUUUCCAAAUAUGACUAUGUGGUGAUCCAUAACAGCUGCUGAACUUAGAUUAAUGAACGUUUUCUAUUGUAUUAAAGACUCACCUAACUUUUUGGUAGUUUUAAUGUCUCCUGAAACUUACUAGGCAGAUCUUAGGAUGUGUUUCUUACUUGUUUCAUAAAAUUCCAAAUGGGCUUGGCAGAAGGAUGAGCUAUUGGUGGUGAUGGGGACCUCAUUGCAGUCCUUAAGGCAUCAGGAGCUUGGUCAUGUACUGGAUGAUGAAUUAAAAGGGGAGCCUGUCCUGUAUAUCAUUUGAUUGUACUAGAAGCUCACUCUGGGAGGGAGGGCUAUGCAUGUGUGUACACACCCUGGUACAUGUGGAUAACAAUCCCUAAAUUAGAGCCAAAUAUCUUGUUUGGGAAUAUAAUCUAGUGAUAUCAAUAGGCAGAACUGUGCCUAAUUACUAUCUUAACUGCCCAUCAGUCUCUUAGCUGGCUUAGGGAUUUCUGACAUGGUGUUUGCUCUGCUUUCUGACAUGGUGUUUGCUCUCACCUACUGAGAGGGCGUGGGUACUUCAUGUUCUUUUUCUCCCUUCUUGAGCUAACAGUAGCAGUUCACAGGUGUUGGCUAGUAUAGUUUACAAAGAGAUGAAAGGGUGAAAUGAUGAUGGUACAUGAGUAUUUUGAAAAGUUAUACUAAACCUAGGAAAGGACAUUUCUGUUACAAAGUUAAGCAUUCAAAUUAUUUGAGUUUGUAGUUGUAUUGCCUUCCCACUGUAAUUAAGUCGUAUUCUUCCCUCCAUGACUCGUGAUAUAAUUUUUUUGUAAUUGUAUAGAACAACACCUAUAACCUUCACCAAAGCAGUAGAAUCAGUCAGUUCUGUUGCUGAGAUUAAGAAAACAAGAAUUUCUUGUCUGCUAGAAUUAGAACUCAUGAAACUAGCUGAAAAAUGCCAACACUUUAGAAGUGCUGAAAUGUUUCAUUGAAAUUUAUGUACAUCAAAGCUAGUUUUGUUAGACUUCUUGUAUCAGAUUUCCUUUGCAAGUACAUUGUUAUGCUAUUUUUGGAAGAAAAUGGAAUAAUAAAAAGAGGGGAAAUACAAUGGAGUGUCUUUCCUCUUUUAAGCAAAUUUCAACAUACCCCAUAAUCACAUAAUGGUUGAUGUUGGAAGGGACCUCUGGAGGUCAUCUGGUCCAACCCUACUCUGCUCAACCAGGUUCACCUAGAGCCGAUUGGCCAGAACCACAUCCAGAGAGCUUUUGAGUAUCUCCAAGGACAGAGACUCCACAACGUCCCUGGGCAACCUGUGCAGGCACUCGGUCACCCUCACAGUGAAAGAGUGUUUCCUGAUGUUGAGAGGGAACCUCCUGCGUUUCAGGCUGUGCUCAUUGCUUCUGUCCCUGUCACUGGGCACCACCGGAAAGAGCCUGGCUCUGUCUUCUUUGCACGCUCCCUUCAGGGAUUUGUAUGCAUUGGUGGUAAGAUGUCCCUGAGCAUUCUCUUCUCCAGACUAAACAGCUGCAGCUUUCUAAGCUGCUCUUCGUGUGAGAGAUGUUCUAGGAUUUUGAACACGAUUGGACCCAGUAUUGACUCCUGGGGUACACUGCUAGUUAGUGGCCUCCAACUAGACUUUGUUCCACUGAUCACCACUCCCUGGGACCAGCUGCUCAGCCAGUUUACAAUCCACCUCACUGUCUGUUCAUCCAAGAUGUUAAAAUCCUUCCUGAAAUCAAGGCAGACUAUGCCACUACUCUCUCCUCAUCUAUCAAGCCAGUCAUUUAUUUCAUCAUAGGAGUUUAUCUGGUUGUUCAAGCAUGACUUCCCUUUGAUGAAUACAUGCUAUGUCUGUUGAUUUUCAUGUCCUUCGUGUGCCUGGAAAUCAUUUCCAAUAUCUGUGGCUCCAUCACUUCAUUGAGGUGAGGCUGACCAUAUUGUAGUUCCAUGGUUCUUCCUCCUUGCCCUUUUUGAAGAUAGGAAAGGCAUUUGCUUUCCUCCAGUCUUUGGGUCCUUCUCCUAAUUGCCGUGAGUAUUCAAAGAUUAUUGAGAAUAGCCUCGUGAUGAUAUCUGCCAACUCCCUCUGCACUCAUUGGUGCGUCCCAUCUGGUUCCAUGGACUCUAGGGUGUCUAGUUUGCUUAAAUAUUCUCUGACCUGAUCCUCUUCAAUCAAGGACACAUCUUCCUUGUUCCAGCCUUUCCUCCUGCUCUCUGGGCCUGGGAUUCCUGAAGGACAGUCUUACUAGUAAAGACAGAGGUGAAGGAGGCAUUCAGGACCUCAGCCUUUUCCAUGUCUUCUGUCACCAGUGUCCCUGUCCCAUUCAGCACUGAGCUCACAUUUUUCCUAGCCUUCCUUUUUCCACCCAUGUACUUAUAGAAGCCCUUCUUGUUGUCUUUGAAAUCUCUGGCCUGAUUCAAUUCAAGGUGGGCUUUUGACUUUUCUAACUGCAUCUCUGCAUGCUUGCACAGUGUCUCUAUUCCUAGCAGGUUACCUGUCUGUGCUUCCACCCUCUGUAGGCUUCCUUCUUGUGUUUGAGUUUUGCUAGGAGCUCCUUGUUCAUCCAUGCAGGCCUCCUGGUGUUUUUGCCUGACUUCCUAUUCAUUAAGAUGGACCACUCUUGAGCUUGGAAGAGGUGAUCUGUUGAAUAUUAACCAGGUCUCUUGGGGGCCCCCCCCUUCCUACCAUGGCCUUAUCCCAUCAGACUCUACCAAACAGAUCUUUGAAGAGGCCGCUCUUCUCUCUUGAACUCCAGCGUUCUGUUGGUUUUUUCCCUGCUCCCUCAUCUUAGGGUCCUGAACUCCAAUAUCUCGUGGUCACAAUGGUCAAGGUUGCCUUUGACCUUCAUGUCCCCAACAAGCCCCUUGGUGGUGGUGAGUAUGAGGCCCAGCAGAGCACCUCACCUCGUUGGUUUCUCUCUCACUUGGUCAGAAAGUUGUCAUCGAUGCUCUUCAGGAACCUCCUGAACUGCUUAUGUCCUGCUGUGUUGUCCCUCCAGUAGAUAUUGAGGACCAGGGCCUGUGAACCUGAAGCUGCUUCUAGCUGUCUGUAGAGGGCCUUAUCCACUUCUUUCUGGUCAGGUGGCCUGUAGCUGACCACCCACUAUAAUGUCACCCAUACCUGUCAUCCCCUUAGUCCUUACCUGUGAGCUCUUAGUUGGCUCAUUAUCCAUCCCAAGGCAGAUGUCCACGCAUUCCAGCUGUGUUUUUACACAAAUGGCAACUCCACCACUUCACAUUGUCUUCCUGGCCUGGCUUUCCUAAAAAGCCUGUAUCCCUUCAUUGCCGCACUCCAGUUUGUGAGUCAUCCUCACAUUGGAUUCCAUGAUCCUUGCAGGUCCUUUCCAACACAGGACAUUCCAUGAUUCUGUGAUCCCACCAUGUCACUGUGAUCUCAGCAAGUUCAUAGCCCAGCAACAGCAACAGGGUAGCCCUGCAACAUUUCCUGAUACAAUAUGUGUCUUCCCAGUAGAAAUGGAUGGCUUCAGAGAAGCAAUUAAAGGAGUGCAGAGCAUCAGGGCCUUCAGGAUUGCUGAUGAAAAGUGAAGACGGGAGUGUCAAGGUCAUUUGAGCUGGAGGAUUUUUUGUAAUACAAAGAGUUUUGACAAUCCCUUGAUUUAAGAAAGAUUGGAGGAGUGAUCCAUGAGAGGUGCUACACCAAUUAAGUGGCCUGAUUUUCAAAUUUGCUUUACAGAAUCAAUGAAUUCAGAUUAGAAAUGACAACUUAACUUUGUAGUUCAGUUUAUCCUCUCUCACCUAGGUGUUGAGGUGUUUGAAUUGGGAACAGGAGCUAGAAGAGGUGCAACCUUUUCCUCUAGUUCCUUAUGUGAUGGCAGACAGUUGACAACUGUGGUAGAAUGCAGUUGCUCAGCAUGUAGUUGCUGUGGAGAGCCAGCACAGCUGAAAAAAAAGUAGUUUGCACUUGUGUUAAAUAGUUUCCUUGCCUCAGGAAACACCUCAGUUCACCAUGAUAGUGGAUGUAUAAAAUCCUGUUUUAACUAAUUGGUUAAUAUGUUCAAAAUUACAAUGUUCUGUAUGUAUAAUUUUGUAUUGAUAAAGAGUCAAGUCAAAAACCAACCCUUUCUAUUCAGUGCCUAUGAAAGAUGCAUUUGCCAAGGUAAGGAUGGAGGACUUGUUCAAAAUAAAGGUACUUGGCUGCCCAUGGCAAUUUGCCCUAACUUUUUUUCUCCCAUCUUUCUUCUCUUUUGAAAGAAGCAGCUAUGUAUUUUGUUUCCUUGUCCUGUAGCUGGGGUUACGAGGCAACAGUUACCCAAGUAAUGUUAGUAUAGGUAGUUGUUCCUUGUGGGGUUCAGGAUAUUCUGCAACCUUACAGCAAAAAUUAGAAAAUGAAAUCUUGUAUUUGUGCAGGAAAUAUGUUGUGCUUUGGUAGAUCACAGUUGUAUCAGUGCUAUAUUGUAUGAGUUUUCUUUUGUGAAUUACACUCCAGUGGUAGAAAUUCCUGCAAAGCACUUAAGUGCGUGAGGUGUUUUGUGCUUAAGUUUUAAGCAAAUGCUUAAGGAGGCGUGUUGCCUGGUAGAAUGUAUUUGAGUGACUUAAGAAGCUAGACUUGCUGCAAGUCUUACACGUACUCCCGUUACAACAUUUGAAUAGUUUAAUUUACAUAAUGUACGUCUCAGUCCUUUGACUAGAAGUAUUUUCCUUUUGAGUCAUAGUCUGUUAAUAAAGCACUCUCUCUUCUAAUAUCUAUUUUUACUACAAAGAGUAAUUUUAUCCUGUACUCUAAUUGCUAAAUUAUGUUUGUAAAGACUUUGGAAACAUUUAAUUUAGAGAAACAUUAAGCUGGGUAGCAAUAAAUUUAAAACACCUGCAGAAUAAUCAAGGGGCUGAUAAUAGCUCCGCUUUUGCGAUCCACUUACUGCUGAAGUAAUAAUGCCCGUGGGGGGAGAAAUGACUUGUCUAAUGUCAAGCAGGAUUAACAGUAGUCUUGUAAUCUUAGUGCCCAAUGUUCCUUGUAUGCUACAAAAGAGAGCCUCUGUCUGUAUGGAAGUUGGGGAACAGACAUCUGUAUUGUCACUCGUGAACGCAAAUAAGCAUCCUGAUUUUUCAGAAUUCUGAAGCACAAGAAUCAGGUCAUUUAAGUGCCAAGAGAGAUGGAGGCAAGUGUUUGAGUGGUUUUUGAACAAGAAACCUCAUUUGAGAUUUAAAGAAAAAAGUCUGAAAUCUGAAUCCUUGUGCUGAUGACAUUAUGCAUACUGUGUAUUGAACUAAAACCUGUUAAUAUAGUGUAGUUUUUUGUAACUUCAGUGUGUGGCAUUUUACAUAGAAGUGCUAGUGUUGAUGAAAUGGCUUUCCCUUAACCUCUCUUAUAGUAUACUUCUUUAAUACAUCACCAUUGUAGAUUUAUAUACUACCUUGAAUGUUUCUGAUACUUAGAGAACAGAUGUAAGGCAGAACAAAGCUAACUUGAUAGAUCAGGUUUUGAUAAGUUAAAGGUUUUCUGGUGGUGCAUAAAUGCCAUUUUGAUGGAAGCUGUCAUUCUUUCUUCGUUUUAUUAAAGCUGGUUCUCAA